AUGUCCGACACACCGCUGAACUCUCCAUUUAUCAAGUGUGGCCCCUACUACCCAAGACACUAUUCCUCACCAGCGCCUGAACUUGAGGCUCUUGAAUAUGAGCUUUCCAUCGCAGCUGAGAACACGGUCACAGCAAUCGGCUGGUCUGUGGGUGGAGAGCUGCCAGCCGUCUGCGAGUUUUCAGACUGGGUUCGUGUUGCCACGCAUCAGAGUCACUGCAGACUGGCUUCGUACCCUUGGCUUGCGGACGAUAGCUGCUACUAUUACAACACUACGCAUGAAUGCUGGAGAAAGAUCAUCGCAGGUCAUGUCCUCACCCUGACUCAGCCUUACGUCUACCUCAAGAACCUCAAUGUGAAAGUUGCGCUCGACUUUGACAUCUAUGUUGAACGACGACCACAGAAGUGA